AUGGGAGGUGUAGAUGAUGAUGAACCACCCUCAAAACGUGUGAAAGUGUCAUCUGGAGCAUUAGUAGGUCUUUUGAACGGUACAUCCCAUAGAGAGCAAGCUAGUUGCUCAUUGAGUGACUCGAUGGCUCAACCACUAGCAUCUCAAGGGAAAGACGAGGUUGUUGGUUCAAAAGGGGUGGUUAAGAAAGUCGAACUUGUUCGGAUUAUAGCUGAUGCAUUAUACUCACUUGGUUAUAAGUAUACAGGGGCACAUCUGGAGGAAGAGUCGGGGAUACCAUUGCAGUCCUCUGUAGUAAAUUUGUUUAUGCAGCAAAUUCUUGAUGGUAAAUGGGAUGACAGUGUAGUAACAUUACAUAAGCUUGGUCUAAUGGAUGAAACUAUUGUUAAAUUGGCAUCUUUUGUAAUAUUGGAGCAGAAAUUUUUUGAACUUCUGGGUCAAGAAAAACUCAUGGAUGCUUUGAACACACUGAGGUCUGAGAUUGCACCUCUUUGUAUAAACAAUGAUAGAGUCCGUGAGCUCACUUCCUACAUUGUAUCCCAAUCAAAAAAUGUUCUUGAUAUCAGUUCUGAGCAAGAAGCGAGGCUCAAUUCACGCAAAAUGUUGCUUCAAGAACUGCAAAAGCUGCUUCCUUCAACAGUUAUAAUUCCUGAAAGAAGGUUGGUGCAUCUUCUUGAACAGGCUCUUGAUUUGCAACGGGAUGUAUGCAGGUUUCACAACUCUUCAGUCGGGGAGAUGUCAUUGUUCACAGAUCAUCAGUGUGGAAAGGAUAAGAUUCCUUCUCGAACUUUACAGAUAUUACAAGAGCACAGUGAUGAAGUCUGGUUCUUGCAGUUUUCUCACAAUGGCAAAUACUUGGCCUCUUCAUCCCGCGAUUGCCUAGUGAUUAUAUGGGAGGUAAAAUUGGAUGGUCGAGUCUCCUUGAAGCAUAGAUUGUCUGGUCAUCGGAAACCUGUCUCGUGUAUUUCAUGGAGCCCUGAUGAUCAACAAUUUCUUACUUGUGGAGUGGAGGAGGCAAUGAGACGAUGGGAUGUUACAUCCGGUGAAUGCCUCCAUAUUUAUGAAAAAAAUGGCCUCGGUUUUGUCUCUUGUGGAUGGGCUCCAGAUGGAAAAAGGAUAUUUUCUGGUGUUACUGACAAAAGCAUCAGUAUGUGGGAUCUGGAAGGGAGAGAAGUAGAAUGUUGGAAAGGACAAAGAACUAUUAGGAUAUCUGACUUGGGAAUAACUAGGGAUGGGAAACAGCUUAUUACUGUCUGUAAAGAGACUACGAUACUGUUAUUUGGAUGGGAAUCACAGUCGGAGAAAUUAGUAGAAGAGGGUCAUAAUAUAGUGUCAUUUGCUUUAUCCGAAGACAGCAAGUUUUUACUUGUCAGCCUGUCAAACCAAGAGAUUCAUCUUUGGAAUAUUGAGGCUGCUAUAAAUCUAGUAGCCAAAUUCAAAGGUCACAAACAUUCUCGUUUUGUUCUAAAAUCCUGCUUUGGUGGACUAGGUCAAGCAUUUAUUGCUAGCGGAAGUGAGGACUCAAAGGUUUAUAUAUGGCACCGAGUCUCAGGAGAGCUCGUUUUGACAUUGUCUGGACAUUCCGGGGCUGUCAACUGUGUUAGCUGGAAUCCUGCUAAUCCUCACAUGCUGGCUUCCGCAAGUGAUGACCGUACAAUUCGCAUAUGGGGCUUAAAUCGGGUAUGUUUGGAUCAUGAUGAUAAGCACAGUAAUGGCACCUACCACUGCAAUGGUGGGACUUGA